AUGUGCACCAAUGGGAUCUUUGGGUGGAGCAACAUAUGGCUUGGUGAUCGAAAGGCUCUUUGGGUUGGUCACAAGUUGUCGGCUAUUUGCGGUGUUUUUCAUAUGGCGAGCCUAGACAUCGAUAGACUGCAAGGAUCGUUCGACUAUGAGGGUCCGUCUAUUUUUUAUGAUGAGGACCAUGUGGCUGAGGAGCACGUGACGAGAGAUGUCGAUGAGUUCGAUUUCUUCUGCUUCGUCAAAUCUUUAGGAUACCAAAUCUACAGAAACAAUAAUGUCAACUUCAUGCAAUCUACACCAGUUAAUUCUGCCCAUGAUGCACCUUCUACAUUUUUGGCUUAUGGCGUCUCCACUUGGGGGAAAGCUCUUCAAAUUUCAAAGUCAUUUGUUGGGUCCCAGUCAUAUUUAUUAGAGAUUCGCAGCAUAAUUGAAGCGUUAGUCUUAUUUUGUCAUCCCCAAAGCAGUCACCCACGAGUGAUGGCUUAUGUUCUCAGGGUAUUGGAGACAUUUUCACCUGAAAGAGUGACAUUCUUCUUGCCUCAGUUGUUACAAGCACUAAGAUACAACGAAGGGAGGUUGGGUGAGACUUGUGUUCCUGAUUUGGAAAAAAGAACCCCAUCUGCCACAAGUAGAACGUUUCAAGCACUACUGUCGGAGGAAAGAUGGGCUGGCACCGAUGGGAGUAUAGUGCCAAGUGACAAUGUUGACUCCCUGCAUGUCUUAGACGAGGUUGCUAAUGCUUCGUACAAGUGGCAUGCAGAUGCGCAUCGUCACCAUAUCGAGUUUGAGGUAGGCGAUUAUGUGUGGGUCGUAAUGACGAUGGAUAGAUUUACUGCACAUGUGUAUUCCAUGAUAUUGGCCCGUAAAAUUAGUCCAAUUGUGAUUAUGGAGAAAAUAAAUCCAUAUGCCUAUCACCUUUGUUUUCCUUCGCACAUUCGCACAUCUGAUGUCUUCAUGCAUCUGGUCCCUUUUCACGGUGACAAUUCUGACAAAGACGAUUGA